AAUAUCGCGAAACAUCACGAACCACAUACGCGAUCCAAAGUGCGUGGCUUUGGCGACGUUCCGUCACGAAAUUACCAACCCAAAAUCGAACGCGUCGCGGGGGAUGGCCAGAUCCUGCAUCAUUUCCUGUUAGGGUGCAGGAGUGCGUUCAAAUCCUCAAAUCACAGCCUCGCAAAAGUGUGUUCUUUGUUGCCUCGUCGUCGACGAAAUCCGUAUAUGCUGACGUCGUCUUUGUCAUCAUCGGCGGUUGUUACGAGUUUCGCAACCGUCUCAAAGUGCAAACUAGGGCCGUUAGCCAAACGCUGUUAGGCCAAACGAGAAGUUAGCAAUCGCAAAGGGCCCCAAGUAUCCUAUGCGUUCCCAAAUGGUUGGCUGCCGAAGGCCCCAAAGAAUUCCUCCAUCGUUCCGAUUGCCGUACAGCAGCAGCGGUGGUGGUGGUGAUCGGUGAUCAGUAAACAGAAGUGCCUUCGGUGUGUGAGUGUGUAUGUUGUGUAGUGGGAAUGUUCCGUGCCCGAUAGUGGAUAGUAUGGUGUCUUCGUUACGCGGAAUACAAAUGUUUACCUGAGAUCGGUUUCUAGAAGAGAUUAGUAUCGAAUCAGGACUGGAGCAAGUGUCGUAGAAUAGUGCCGAGCAGAGCAAGUGACCUCCGAAAAAAGCCAAGGUUGCCGUCCAGAGCAGAGCGCCGUUUCAAUGAAUACGUCCGCCGUCCUGCUAGGACAUGCCGCCGAUCCUGAUGCGGCCCUCGCGGGCGAAGGGAACACGGAAUGGCAGACGCUGCACUGCAGCAAGGAUGCCCUUACCGAUUUGUUCGGCUGGUUCCUGCAGGGCAUACUGGCCACACUCGCCUUCACCUGUCUUAUCGCUAAACGUUUCUGCGAACCACAGUACAAUCGGCGCUCGUGGGAAACGUGGUGGUACGACACGUCCAAGCAGGGCAUCGGCGCCCUGGUGAUCCACAUGGCCAAUGUUUACCUGGCCCCGCUGUUCCAAGGCGAUCCCUGUACCUGGUAUAUCAUCAAUUUCCUGCUAGACUCCACAAUCGGCUUGUUCAUCAUUUACAUCGGCAUCAAAACUUGUCAGUAUUUAGCGCGCAAGAAAAAAUGGGAUGCCAUCAAUUUUGGCGAAUAUGGGGCCCCAAAAUCGUGGUUCUACCAAACGUGCAUCUACGUGUGGCUGAUGGUGGUCGUUAAGCUCAUAACGACCCUAAUCAUUCAGUUCGACGUUUGGGAUAACGUGAAAAACUUUGUCCUGUCACCGUUCAAGGACCCGCGGAUAGAGCUCGCGGUGGUGAUGCUGGUCAUACCGUUCUUCGUAAAUAUACUUAUAUUCUGGGUGACCGACAACUUCUUGAUGCGGCACACGCGCAAAAAGCGCAACACCACGUCCAACACGCACGGCCACCACGCGCACGGGCGCGAACAUAGUUUACUGCAAAAAGUAAAAUACAAAAUGAUACACAAAACCAAACCAAAUGACUCAGAAUCUGAUACUCUUUUAUCAGGCGAUGAAGAAAUUUUAAGCUUCAAAGCGCCCAACGGUGGCCACGGCCACAGAUCGGUUACGGGUGGCGGUGGUCGGCAGCAGCACGGUCCCAAUCCACAGCACCACCACCAUCCGCACAAUCAUCACCACACGUCGGUGGGGGACCUGUCGCUGCCGGCCGGGAUCAGUGGCAAUUCGUCGUCGCUACUAACACCCAUCGAUAUGGAUACGGCAAUCAUACUGACCUCGUCACGGACAUCACCGGCCUCGAGCAGGCAAACAGUUCAGCAGCGGACCAGUGUAAUUAACAUUUAAGCUCACUCUAAUCCCAUUCCUCGGGAAAACCGGUACGACACUAACGCCCACGGUCGGGGGAAAGCACCAAACCCCGCACACACAAAAUCCUAUCCACCCCGGUUGCCGGUUUUAGAGUUUUCCCGCCGUUUUGUGACACACGAAUUGCGAAACACAACUUAAGUCUGAGAAGCAAUAGUCUGACGGUAGCAGCGCCGUGUGGGGUAGGCAGAAGUCCAAAGACGACCAUAACGACGGCGAACGGUGGAUGUACUUUGUGUUUUUAAUGGGAUUGUUCAUACGUUGGUUGUUAAAGUUAAACGGGGACAGAGCAUUACCGAACAUAUGCCGUUUGGGUUACUGGUUACUGGUUUCAACCGUUGUCUGGCGUUUGAGGUGCAACAAACAAUAGAAUGUUUUGUGAUAAAUAUAUAAACAUAGAAACGGAACCCAGAGGGGAUGGAAUCACGAAGCGAACGACAUUUUUAUACGAUGGGCCCAAUACAAUGAGAGUUAAAAUGGUCGAAAUAAGUGAACGAACAGUGACAAUGGAGCAACCAAACAAAUGAUAUUAGGCGGACGUAACAUAUUCCUACAGUUCCAGCUCACAGCAGAACAAAUGUACCCAUUCCCGUAACGGAUAAGAGCUUUAGGAUGCUAAACGCAGCGGCUGCCAAGCUCCCGGGGCCGCUAAAUUAAACAGAUAUCGAGAAAAGUUUUGAGCCCGAAUCGCUCACCGUGUAAUACAUUGACGUUGAUGAUUUUGAACUGUUACUUGUUAUGUCGCGCUUCUAUGGCGCGACGGUGAGAUGCUAUGAGUAAUGUAUUUGUGCUACAGUUAAGUUGAGAAUUGGAUUUUUUAGCGUAAAGCGUAAGAUGUAUUGAGGCCGAUGUAUGAAAUAAAAUUGAAACAACGAAACAACACACCACCACUAUUCGCCUUCCCACGCACGUGGGAACUAAACGUAAGAGUCGCAAAAUGGUUAGGUUAUAUCGUUGGUGGCAGAAAAUUGGUUUUACCGUUAAUUAUGCUACUAUUACUACUGCUACUGUUCUAUUUUAUACAUAAAUAUACACGAACAAGUACUGUUUAAGGAUAGUGUCUGGGUUAACCGUAGGCUACAUACUAUGUUUACAAUGAAUUUUAAAAAAAAAACUAUGGUCGAAUCAUGGCCAGACCACGGGCGAAACAGAAGAACGAAGAAAUAAAGAAAACAAUUGAA